AUGCGCCUCUCUUAUGUGAUCGCUGUAAUUGCGGCUUCAUUCCUGGUUACCACGGAAGCGCUCUCGACGAACACGGGUGUUCAGGCUGCUAAUUUGGUAGGCCCAGCCCAGCGUCUACUGAGGAAACACUACACGGCAGCUGAAAACGACGAUGACUCUGAAGCAAGGGCUCUGAAUACAGAGAAGAUGAAAACGAUGUUGAAAGCUGGGAUGACUGUUGACGACUACGCUGCCAAGCUAAAACUUACCGACAAGAUUGCAGCUGCAGCUAACUCUGCAAGGGCGAUGGAAAAGCUUGGCGAAACUCUCAAGAUGAAGAAGCUCCUGCGGUACCUCAACUAUGUGGCUGAACACACAGCAGUUUGA